AAUAAGAAGGGCUGGGAUUGGGAGGAGGUGGCAGUAUUGUGAUCAUCAAAUAUGGCCUCCCAAGAAAACAGUAGAAAACUGUCACAAGCAGCAAAAAAAGGCUGAGUUCAAGCAGUGGCCAUGGCUUCUGUCGCAAACGGUCCCUUCCACAUUCUCAAACCUCCAAACCAUCCUGGUUACAAACUCAGUAGUGGUAUCAGAACGACCCUCUGGUCAUUCUCAUGUACCAAUGCACCAUUUCUCACUCCGCAGACCUCAAAGCACAAGUCUUCAACCAUCAUUUGCUUUGCAACUGAUAAGCAAACUUCUUCUACUGAAAUCAGUUCCACAGCCAGGAUUAGGAGUGAAGUUCUCACUCCCUUUCGCUCCGUUCGGAUGUUUUUCUAUCUUGCUUUCAUUGCAAGUGGUGGUUUAGGAGGACUCAUAGCAACCACACAGUUAAUUGCAGCACUAACAAACCCAUCAAGAGCACUUGACGCCCCUGAAAUUGCAAAGGGUCUUGGGAUAGACCUUGGAGCAGUGUCUCUCUUUGCAUUCUUGUAUUUGAGAGAGAACAAGGCCAAGAAUGCACAGAUUGCUAGGCUCUCAAGAGAGGAAAACCUUUCGAAUCUUAAGCUCCGGGUUGAUGAAAAGAAGGUCAUUCCUCUUAGCUCUUUGAGAGGGAUUGCUCGGCUUGUAAUAUGUGCAGGCCCUGCAUCAGUCAUCACAGAAGCUUUUAAUCAAAGUGAACCCUACACUGAAAGGCUUGUGGAACGAGGGGUGCUCGUGGUGCCCUUUCCUACAGAUGGAAACUUACCUAGUUUUGAGUUUGAAGAAAGUGAAGAGACUAAGGAGAUUACUGCAAAGAGGAAAAGACUAUGGCAGCUGACACCAAUUUAUAUUCCUGAAUGGACCAAGUGGUUAGAUGAGCAAAAGAAGCUGGCAGGCGUCUCCUCUGACUCUCCUGUGUAUAUAUCUCUUCGCCUGGAUGGUCGUGUUCGUGGCAGUGGCAUUGGUUACCCGCCUUGGAAUGCUUUUGUUGCACAGCUACCACCUGUAAAGGGAAUGUGGUCUGGUCUUCUUGAUGGGUUUGAUGGAAGAGUUUAAGAAAAUAUUUUGUGUCAUAGUAGGAUCAAAGGCAUGAUAUGGAUAUGCAGCUAUUUCAGAAAUGGAAAAUCCUGUUUGGAAUUGUUUUCGGCUUCUAUGUGGCUAACAGGUCCUGCUAUAUAUGCAUGCAAUGUCAAGGAAGCAACCAAAAUGGGGGAUUUGAGGACAGUUGACAGAGAAAAGAGUUGUUUUGUCCAAAAACAACUUAAACUAAUCUAUACAUCAAGCCUUGUGAUUGUUGACUUGCCAUUUUCUGAGUCGGCUUUCUUUUUUUUCUUUUUGUUUUGGAGUUAACAGUCACCUUGAUUUGAAUGAGUUGGUUUGAGCUACUUUCCA